GAAAGCGUAACAACAUUAUUUCCAGGUUUUGUUAUUUUGCAGACAUCAACAUGAUUGUGUGUUGAAAGUAAACAUGGAUUUUGUAGCGAACGUAGGUCAGGUCUUGCAGAACCUUUCGCAAUUUCAGGGCAUCAUGAUCACAGUAGUUGUUGGUGUUAUCACUGUCCUGGCACUUCUGUUUUUUGGUAUUUUGAAAUUCAAAACAAAAGUUCUUCCUAGCAGGAAUGAAUCUGAAAAUAAAUAUCGCUUCAGGAAAAGAGAAAAGCUUAUGUUUUAUGGAAGAAAAAUGUUGCGAAAGGUUAGAAGUUUCACUAGAAAUACUAUUGGCAAUGGACAAUCAUUUGGCCGGAGGAAAUACAGCAGCAAACAAAUGGUGAAUCGACUAAAAAGGUUUUUACAGAGACGGAAAGAAAGCAGUCCACAGCUAAGAGUAAAAGAACCUCCACAGUCAUUCCUUGAAGCUGACUGGUCAGAUAUUGAAGAAAUGGAUAGUAGACUGCCACCAGAAGUUCUGUACAUGCUAAGGAGUGUAAGAGUCUUUGGUCAUCUUGAAAAACCCUUUUUCUUGGAAUUGUGCAAGUUCAUGGAAUCCAUGGUUGUCCGAGCAGGGAAUUUUCUUUUCAAAAUUGGUGAUUUGGAUGAUAGCAUCUAUGUUCUUCAAAGUGGAUGCGUCAAUGUGUUUAUUACAGAACAGGAUGGUAGUCAGCAUUUGGUGAAGGAAGUGAACACUGGAGACAGCAUUCAUAGUCUGCUCAGUAUUCUUGAUGUUCUCACGGGCCAUCCAGCUCCAUACAAAACAGUUUCAGCGAGAGCAGAAGUUGAUUCCAUUAUACUGAGACUUCCAGCUCAUGCGUUUCGGUCGAUGUUUGAACGUUUUCCCGAGUCAACGGUGCGAGUGGUACAGAUCAUAAUGAUACGUUUACAGAGAGUGACGUUCAUGGCACUUCAUAACUAUCUUGGUCUUAGCAGUGAACUCAUAAAAUCUCAAAAACCUCGUACCAAAAAGCUGCCAUCAGACCAGCUGAUGAAAUCUCAGGGAAGCCCUCUGAAGAUGCAUCACUACAGUUCUUACACUGCUGAUGACAUUUUCAUAGACUCGGAGGCUAGGAGAGGAUCGCACUUCAGAGACCCUUCUGAACAGUCAAGGUCUAAAGUGAGUGUUGGUACCGAAGUCCGUCUGUCUGACUUCGACACGGCAUGUAUGAGAGCGAGAGUACCUCCACAGGAACACUCUUCUUCAUCCGGGAAAGCAAAUCAGCAGCAGCAGGAGGCGAAAAAUACAAAGGGAAAUGAAGAAUCGCAGUCUUCAGUUCUUGGUAGCAAAAGACCGAAGCGAUCGAACGAGAACAUCAGUCAGCUGUCUAACUGUAGCCCAGAACAGAGACUGGAGGUGGCUCAGCGAGAUCUCAUUGAAGUCCUCGGUUUAAAGAAUCCGAAAUUGUUGGAGGCCCGUAUUCAUAUGAAAGAGGUGAAAGCUGGAAGCAUUCUUUGUGAACAAGGACAGCAGGAUGCCUCACUGAUAUUUGUUGUAACAGGAUCACUCCAGAAACUUCAGCAGGUUGUUGGGGAAGAAAAUAGAGAGGCCAUUGUAUUUACAGCCAACCCGGGAGAUAUUGUGGGAAGCUUGGCCGUUUUGACAGGAGAGCCGUCACUGUUCACCAUACGUUGCAAGACUGAUGCCAUAGUCCUAAGCAUGAGCAAGCUGGAGUUUUACUCGAUAAUGAGUGAGGAACCAAACAUUGUGCUGAACGUGGCUCAUACCACCGUGAGAAGAAUGACUCCAUUUGUGAGACAAAUUGACUUUGCUCUCGACUGGCAGAUGGCAGAUGCUGGCAAAGCUAUUUUUAGACAGGGUGAUGACUCUGAAUGUAUAUUUAUCGUCCUCACCGGCCGCCUCCGGUCUGUGAUCACUCGGACUGGGGGGAAGAAGGAGCUGGUGGGAGAGUACGGACGGGGGGAGCUGGUCGGCAUUGUCGAGGUCUUGACACAGACAGAGCGGGCCACAACCGUCAUGGCUGUCAGAGAUACCGAACUCGCAAAAAUGCCUUCAGGGUUGCUGAACUUGAUCAAGCGCAAGUAUCCGUACAUUGUAACCAGACUGAUUCACUUGUUAGGCCAAAGGAUUCUGGGUAGCUUACAGAAUCAGAAUACUGUCAAUCUUGGCACCAGGAUUGCCGAGAAACCGAACGUUGAGAACCUGGCACUGACGGCUAACCUGGCCACAGUGGCCGUUCUUCCCGUCUCCGAUGAUGUGCCUCUGAUGAAUUUCACACUGGAGUUACAACAUGCUCUGCUUGCCAUAGGCACAACUACCAGACUUACAAGUGAAAUUAUAAAAAAGAGAAUGGGAAAUGCUGCUCUGGACAGUGUCAAUGAGUUCCGGUUGUUCAGCUGGCUAGGUCAGCAGGAAGACAUCCACCGCAUGGUGCUGUACCAGUGUGACAUGACUCUCACCAAGUGGACUAAGAACUGUAUUCGACAGGCAGACUGUAUUCUCAUUGUGGGUCUGGCAGAAAAUGAACCCACUGUUGGAGAGAUUGAAAAGCAGUUGGAGCGUAUCGCAGUGAGAGCUCAGAAAGAGUUGGUUCUGCUUCACCGACAGGACUCGGAUAAACCGCGUAACACAGUCGAGUGGCUCAACUCUCGCGGCUGGUGUUCCUCACAUCAUCACAUCCGCUGUCCACCCAGGGUCUUCAGUAAGAGGCCAGUAGCCAAACAGCGAGAAGUGUAUGAGAAAUUGUUUGAAAUGAAACCAGACAGAUUUUCAGAUUUCUCACGACUGGCAAGAUUUCUGACUGGAACAUCGAUUGGUUUGGUCUUGGGAGGAGGUGGUGCAAGGGGUUUAGCCCAUGUUGGGAUGAUUAAAGCCAUCAUCGAGGCUGGGAUUCCUAUUGACAUGGUUGGUGGCACCAGCAUGGGUUCUUUUAUUGGAGCUCUGUGGUGCGAGGAACGCAACUUCCCACGCUUCAUUCAGAGAGCCAGGGAAUGGGCUAUCGGAAUGAAAUCUCUGUGGAAGACCGUCAUGGACAUGACAUACCCAAUAACUUCAAUGUUCACAGGUGGAGCAUUCAAUGCCUGCAUCGAAUGUGUCUUCCAAGACACGCAGAUUGAGGAUCUGUGGAUUCCCUAUUUCUGUAUCACAACAGACAUUACCAACUCAUCCAUGCGUGUACACACCAGUGGUAAUCUGUGGCGGUACGUGCGGGCCAGCAUGUCUCUCUCUGGGUACUUACCCCCUCUGUGUGAUCCCAUCGACGGGCACCUGCUUCUUGAUGGAGGAUAUGUCAACAACCUGCCAGCUGAUGUAUGUCGAGAGAUGGGAGCUCAGACGGUGUUAGCGGUGGACGUUGGUAGUCAGGAUCAGACGAGUCUCACAAACUAUGGUGACAAGAUAUCCGGCUGGUGGCUGUUGUGGAAGAGGUUCAACCCCUGGGCCGAGCCUGUCAGAGUUCCAGACAUGACGGAGAUUCAGGCCCGUCUUGCAUACGUGUCGUGUGUUAAAAUGUUGGAUGUGGUGAAGAACAGUGACUACUGUGAGUACGUCCGGCCACCCAUUGACAAGUACGGCACUCUGCAGUUCGGAAGCUAUGACGAAAUAGCUGAGGUUGGCUAUAACCAUGGGAAGACGUUGUUCCAAGGUUGGCAUAAAGGUGGCGUCAUUGAGAAGCUCUUCACAGAGAGGGCAAAAGAUAUCGGAAUAAAAACAAAUCAGAAACAGGCCCAGGUUCCUGUGAUGGCCUACUUCACUGAUCUUGCGGAAUUGGUGUCAAAGAUCGACAAGCCAAAACCACGGUUCUACUUGCAUAAUGAUGAUUUCAGCACUGACAGUGACGACGAAUAUGAAGAGGUGGAAGAGACCGAUGAGGAAGCAGAUCAUAUUGUUUACGAUCAUCCUGAUGACGAAGACGUAAACACUGUGGGCAGCAAUCCUGAGUCCACCUUUAGUUCAGACCAGCAUACAGAACCCAUUGUGGGAACAUCCAAAAUGGAGCCUGUGGGAUCAAGACGACGAAAUCGGCCAUUAACAGACUAGUAGGCUACACGGUCUCUCAAGUUGGAACCAGAUAACAUUGUGAUACCGGCCAGUGAAAAUGACAACUGUUUCUGUGUUGUAUUCAGGGUUUGAAAUUUUGGAAGACUUAAGUAGUUAUCAGGACUACCAUCCAGGCAACCAAGCUUUAUGAUGACAAAUGAUUAAAGAUAGUUGAUAGUCAGGGAGCCACAACUGCAAAAGUGCUUUAAAACGGGUUCACGGUGAACCCUUCUGCUAUACUUUUUUAUUUUGGUAUUUUUAAAUAGCUUAGAAGAGAGGAAAUCAGUGUGUCAAAUUGAAUAAAGUAUAUAUAAAAUGUAAA